CCCCGUCAUAUAGUUUCACAUAAUCUACCUUCUUUAUUUCUCAUGAUCUUGGAGAUUGACAAAAACAUGGAAUAUGGAAACGAGAUUUCAUCUUCUCCAACGUUUACUUCAUCUUCUCACCUAUCAAAUGGUUUCGGGUCAGAAAACCACGUAAUGGAAAUUGGUCCAGACCCUGAAAAUUUGAGCCUAAGCAAGCUCAGUGCCUGCCUUGAAAACCUACUGGUUAACCAGGAAUACGAAAGCUACAACGAUGCUGAGAUUGUUGUGGAGGGCAAUGUUGUCGUGGGUGUUAAUAGGUGCAUAUUAGCCGCUCGAAGUCCCUAUUUCCAUAAACUUUUCCAGCAACAGCUCGAAGGUGGUCGGAAACCGAGGUAUGAGAUGUCUGAGAUGGUGCGGUAUGGUCUGGUGGGACAUGAAGCAGUGAAAGUGAUGUUGCAGUAUUUGUAUACGGGGAGGAUUAAGGCAUCACCGAGGGACGUUUCGACAUGUGUGGACUCGAAUUGUUGUCAUGUUGCUUGUGGCCCUCUUAUUAAUUAUGCUUUGGAAUUGUUGUUUGCUUCUGCAACUUUCCAAAUCAAAGAGCUGGUUUUGCUUGUUCAGCGCCAUCUUUUGAACAUUGUUGAGGAGUCACUUAUGGAAGAUGUGAUCCCAAUUCUCGUAGCUGCGUUUCACUAUCAUUUGAAUCAGCUUUUAUCCACCUGCAUCGAAAGAGUGGCGAAAUCCGAUCUCAAUAACGUAUGUCUAGAGAAAGAACUACCUCCGGAAGUUUACGGCAAGAUUCGGUCACUCCGUCUUGAACUCGAGCUAGUCACAACGGAGUCCGACUUGGUCCUUGAAAAACAAAUCCAGAGAAUCCACAAGGCACUGGAUUCUGAUGAUGUUGAGCUGUUGAAACUCCUUCUGAGUGAAUCAAAUGUCACAUUAGAUGAAGCUUAUGCACUCCACUAUGCCGCUGCCUACUGUGAUCCCAAGAUCGUUAACGAGGUUCUUAGUCUCGGGUUGGCUGAUGUCGAUCUCAAGAACCGUCGAGGAUUCACGCCUCUCCAUGUCGCUGCAAGACGCAAGGAACCGUUGGUGCUGGUGGCGUUGUUGAAUAAGGGAGCCUGUGUGGCGGAAACUACGCCUGAUGGCCGAACUGCCAUUGAUAUCUGCAGGAGACUAACUCGGGCCAAGGAUUAUAACGAGAACAAAAAGCAAGGGGAGCCAUCUAACAAAGAUCGAUUAUUCAUCGAUGUCCUUGAGACAAAGAUGCGGAGUUCUGAAUCGGAGAAUGUCGGAGUUCCAUCACAAGAGAUCACUUAUGAUUUACACAUGAAAUUGGACUACUAUGAGAAUCGAGUCUCGUUUGCACGGUUGUUAUAUCCUGCGGAAGCCAAGGUAGCCAUGGAAAUUGCAGACGCAGAUACAAACACAUGCAAAGUUGUUUUGAACGAAUCAGCAACAGCGCACACCACAAGGCUUCAUUUGAGGUUGCUCACCCUGUUUAAAACAGUGGAAACAGGGAGGAAAUACUUCCCACAUUGUGCGCAAGUGCUGGACAAGUUCUUGGUGGAUGAUAUACCUUGUUUGUUUGAACAAGGUACCUUGGAAGAGCAAAGAAUGAAAAGGAAGCGAUUCACUGAACUUAAACAAGAGCUGUUAGAGGCAUUUUACAAAGACAAAGCCGAUCGAAACAAACAUGAUCACAGGCCUAUUUCCUCACCUUCGUCUUCUUCAUCUUCUUCUUCUUUAUCUGCUGCAACACUGGGUUCUUCUGCUCCUUACAAACCUAGAAGAAAGUGACACCCUUGUUUUUCA